UUUUAUUUUCUAUUUUCUGAGCUUUGUCGCUUCUUCUUGUUUUGUUUUGCUCAGUCCACACAUUGAUCAUUGUCGUUUUUGCAACAUGGCUCAAUCGAUCGCUCAAUACAAGCUUGCCAUGAAGAUGGGCUGGCGUCGCGCUCUCUCCCAACUGCUCCGUGAGUCAGACAUUCGCGGUGGUACGCUCGUCGGCGAGGAUCAGUUUGGCAACAAGUACUAUGAGCGACCAGACCAUGUCUUUGGCCUGAACCGCUGGGUCGACUACGCCAAGGAGAAACACUACUACUGCUACGAUGGCAGCAAAAUCCCACCGGAAUGGCAUCGCUGGAUUCACAACAUGUGCCAGGAGCCGCCGCAGUCGGAUCCAAAGAUGCUCUAUCGCCCCUUCUUCCAGGAGGCAUACCAGCCAAACCCGACCGGCACAGCCAAGGCCUACAUGCCAUGGAGCACCACCAAGGCAAAGAUCGAGGCCUGGGAUCCAAACGCGCCUGCCAAGCAGUGAAACAGACUCGAAAAUCCAGCAGUGCUUUUCGCGUUUCUCUCUUUAACUCUGUUUGUAUGUCGUGAUUUCCUUUUUUUUGUUCAAAGUAAUACUACUCGGCCAUUGUUUUGCAUUCAGAAUAUUGCGAAACUGGCAGUCAUCCACCUCCGCCAA